AUGCUUCUCGACGACGCGGCCACGGAAACCCUCAAGACAUGGGUGAUUAAGAAGCUCGAGAACAUCAGCGACGCCGAUUCAGACGUGCUGGCGGAUUAUGUGUUGGCCUUAGUGAAGACAGACGAGCCGGAGCCGGUGGCGAGGAAGAAUUGCGCUGAUAACCUUAGGGAUUUCCUUCUUGAUGGCACGGAUCCGUUCGUUCAGGAACUGUUCCACGCCAUAUCGACGGGAUCCUACGACCCGGACCGCCCUGCACCAAACCAAUCAGCACCACCUUAUCAGCCUAUCAAGCACACGAGCGCGGAAACAAACCGACAGUCAAACGAGUCAAGAAAGCGAACUCACAGGCCGGAUGCAGAUUACGACCAACAAAGCUAUGCCUAUGGUCCCGCGCAAGCAUUUGAGAGAGGAGGGGACAGACCGUUUAAGCAGGCGAGGCGCGGUGGGAGAGGUCGAGAUCAGCGUGGUGGACGACAGCUGCAAUCGCAACCCCCUUCACAUUCAUACGGCCUGCCACAGACUAUGCUGCCGCCACCGGCCAUGGCCCCCGGUUUGCCACCGCUGGAUCCAAACGAUCCAAUGGCGGCGAUGUUCAUGCAGCAGGCGAUGAGCUUCUUCGCGGGAAUUCCAAAUGGUCCACUGCCUCCGAAUGGCAGUCUUCCUGGAGCCCAUGCCCAGAAGGUUCGCUGUUGGGAUUACGACAACGUGGGCGCUUGCUCCAAUGGCACGAACUGCCCUUAUGAGCACGGUGAAGAUCGCUUGUUCAUCCCAUACAACCAAGAAUAUGACCCGAGGCACGCUGCUAUGCUGAAUUCUGAGCCAACCAGGGUCGGUCAGCACGACAUCACGCAAAGGGAGCAUAAUGCAGGUCGGGGCAGAGGUCGUGGCCGGGGCGCAAGCAAUUGGAGAGGUGGCGGAAAGCGGUCGGACUUCUCCCGCCUCGGACCAUCUCGCGAUACGUUUGCUACCAAGCUUGUAGUGGAAGAGAUACCGGACAAUAAGUGUGACGAGCAGAGUGUGCGAAAUUUCUUUGCGCAGUUUGGCAAUAUCCAUGAAAUCGAGAUGCACUCACGCGACAAGCUCGCCAUCAUUAGCUUUGAGGACCAUGACGAGGCUCAGGCCGCCUACAACAGCCCGAACGCGAUCUUCGGCAAUCGCUUCGUCAAGGUCUACUGGUACCGCCAUGAGAAGCACAAGGAUCUACUGAACGGGAAUAUGAGUGGUCAUACCCUGGCUGAGGACGUGGACAUGGGUCAGGAUGAGCAGAUCGACAUUGAACAGUUUGCCAAGGCCCAAGAGGAAGCGCAGCGCAAAUAUGACGAGGCGAAGAAGCAAAAAGAGGAGGCAGCAAAGAAAAGAGAAGACGUGAGUACAAAGCUGGCGGAAAUGGAAGCCGAGCGGAGGAAGAUGGAAGCACUGCUUGCAAAGAAGGCGGGCAAGCCGACACCCGCUACGACUGGGACUGAAACAAACGAAGAAAACGCACAGGCGAAAGCGCUCAAGGCGCAACUGGCACAGCUCGAGGCGGAAGCCGAAAGCCUCGGAAUCAAACCAGAUCUCGCGGAUUCAAAUGGCUUCGGUGGCUACCCAACCGAUCGCGGCAGAGGCGGAUCUCGAGGCAGGGGAAGAGGUCGAGGCAGCUUCCGUGGUCAUCUUGGCGGAGGUUGGUGGGCGCGUGGUGGUGCUCGCGGUGGUGCUCGAGGCGGCGGUGGAGCAGUCAUGCGACUGGACAAUCGGCCGAAAACUGUCGCUGUGACGUUCGCCAACGGCACUUACAGCAGUCACGAAGAGGCCAUCCGUCAAUACCUCUUGUUCAGCAGCCUCGAUACAGCAACGCUUUCAAAGCAUCCUGAGCGCGACGACACUGCUUUGGUAGCUUUCAACCAGCGCUACGAAGGUGAGACGUUCAUGGAUGUAGUCGCACGCUCGGGGCUACCACAUCUCGGCAAAGUUGAGCUCUCAUGGUACAAGCCCGAAGGCACGGCAGGUGUUGCUAACGGCAGCAACAACACAAACCACGACCAUGCCAUGAUGUCCGGAUCACCGGAGCCACCGUCGCCUGAGAUACUCGGAGCGGAAGCUGCCUACGAUGUCACGGAAGAGGACCUGGACCGGUAUUCGUAG